AUGAAGGUGACUUUGUCUCUCCUCGUCCUGUGCGUCGUCCUCUUGGGACUCUGCCUGGCAUAUCCUUUCCCUGAUGCUGAAGCCGUAGCCGAAGCCGAUCCUCACAAGAAGCGCUACGGAGGCUACGGAGGCUACGGAAGCUAUGGAAGCCGCGGAAGAUACUCAGGAGGAGGCUACACAGGAUACGCCUACGGCGGCAGAGGACCAAUCUCAAACUACAGAAUCGGCAACGGCUCCGGAAUUCCUCUCGGUCACGUCUAUAUGGGCUGA